AAUCAUCUUUUACAGUCUGCUUGACGAGCGGCGCACUGCCGUGGUGCACCCUCGGCCUUUGGCUGUGGCUCAAAGCCGUGGAGUUGACAGAAGGUAAUCCCCACCAUGUGAGGCCUCGGCCCCAGUUUGGAGGCGGGGUGUGAUUCACUCAAAUCUGCCGGCGCUAUAAAAAGAGGGGGAAGUUGCAAGUUGCCCAACUUAAACCCACACGAUCGUGCACAGUGCGAGCGCGCCGGGGUGUCCCUCUGGCCACCAUGAGCACUGUGAAAGCCAUCAAAAACGCCAUAGUCUGCCUCGCCCUGCUGCCGCGCUUCCUGGCGGCGGCGGUCAUGUUCUGGCUGCUCGACUUCAUUUGCAUCAGGAAAAGGGUUUUCUUCAGGAUGCGGCAGCAGGGGGGCGACGCCGUCGACCCCCCCCUCUGCGUGUCGGACUCCAACCGCCUGUUCAGCCUCGAGUCCCUCAAGGCGGUGUGGCACGGCCACAAGCUGGACUUCCUGAAGGCGGCGCGCCUCGGACGCGCGGCGCCCAACACCGACGUCGUGCAGCUGGAGGACCAGCGGCGCGGCCGCAUCCUCGACCACGCGAAGGGCGAGCGGCCGCUCGUGCUCAACUUCGGCAGCUGCACCUGACCGCCGUUCAUGGCGCGCCUCCAGGCGUUCCGCGCGGUCGUGCGGCGCCACGGCGACAUCGCGGACUCCGUGGUGGUGUACAUCGAGGAGGCGCACCCCUCCGACGGCUGGACGAGCACCGACGCGCCCUACCAGAUCCCCAGGCACCGCUGUCUGGAGGACCGGCUGCGCGCCGCGCAGCUGAUGCGCCUGGAGGUGCCCGGCUGCCCGGUGGUCGUGGACAGCAUGGAGAACUCCUCCAACGCCGCGUACGGAGCUUACUUCGACCGACUCUACAUCCUGCAGGGGGGGAAGAUAGUGUACCAGGGCGGCAGAGGACCCGAGGGCUAUCGGAUCUCGGAGCUCCGAGACUGGCUGGAUCGAUACCGAGCGAGCCUGGACCAGUCCAAUAAUCUAGUUAUUCACGUUUAGACCAUAACGUUCAUCUUUCUACACAUGCUGUGACGAAAACAAAACAGUGCUGCAGAUCCUUUUUGUUGUUGUUGUUGUUGUUGUUUCAGUUUAUAACUCCAGUUAGAUAGAUAGUGUCCUUCGUUAAUGGUUUAAGUGUAUUUAUUUUUGAUACGUUGGAUCAAAGUCAUUUGUUCAACAGUGUAGGAUGUUCUACCGUAGCCUCCUUCGUAUUAGACAUGCAUCCUGUGUUAGGGUCUAGUUUGAAAAAAAGAGGUUUGAUCAGACAAUUGUUUGUCUGUGAACAAAAGUGUGUGUGUGUGUGUGUGUGUGUGUGUGUCCAAAGUUCUGUUUCCAUUUCUCCUCCGUGUGUAAAUGCGCCUUUAACGGGUCCGUCGGGGUCGUGAGCAUUGCGCAUCACUGCGCUCGUCAGUAUUGUUGUGAAGUUCGGUUUUUAAACGGGAUGACUCCUGAGAACCGAUACUGAUGUUUUGUUCAUAUUGGAGAUCACGGUGACGCUGCUGCUCUCUGCCCUGCACCGACUGUUUUGUAAAUAUUGUUCCGUUUUAUGGAUAUAUUUUUCAUACAAUAAAAUUCUUUCAUCUA